AAUAUCAUGUGUAACUGUUGUCAAGGUGUAUACAAGUAUAUAAACAUCGUCUCUUAUGCAGUCGGAUUAUAUUGGAAAAGAUGGAUCUGAAAGUUAUUAUCGUGCUUAUAGGCGGUCUUUGUGUGACAAACGCCAAGUCGUGGGCAAGAUCAUAUGGCCAGGAUAAAUAUGAAGAAAAAUUAAUACGGGACUUAUUGAGAAAGUCUGAUGAUGGUGAUGAUGGGCCUCCACCUCCAACACUACCACCACCAGAAAUUAUUUAUGAUGAGACUCCACCUCCAGGACCACCUAUGCUAGGUGGACCUCCAGCUAUAACCCCACCACCAGCACAACCUAGUUAUGAUGAGACUCCACCUCCAGGACCACCUAAGCUAGAGAGAAAAGAAUCACCACCAAAAAUUGAUCCACCCUUCAUACCUCCUCCUGGUUGUUCUUGCCCACCAACAAAGCCUGGAAAAAGAGCUCGUCGUUGUGUUUGUCCACCACCAUCACCCCCACCAAUACUUCCAACUACAGCACAGCCUGCAAGAAGACGAUCAAGAUUGCAAAACAUACGCUUAGAAGCAGCUAUUAGAAAUCUUGAAGCUGUGCUCAAUGAAGAAGGAAAGUAGAAUGUAUAUAUGUUGUGAAGUGCAGAAGAUUGGACCGUCCCUGGACAUGAGAUUGAAACAAGAAUAUCUAACUUUGAACUAUAAUUAAAACAAUGAUUUCUCUUUAUGCAAAUAAUCACUCUUUAAAGCUAUUUAUAUAAUCAACGUUAACCAUUAAUUUCUUUCCACUGCAUCCAUUUGAUGUUAAAUCUGCAUUAAAUUGCCCCUGUUACCAUUGAAUUGAGACUUAGGAAUUGUAAAUACCGAUCAGAUUAUAGUUAUAUACAAUACAGUAUUGAACUUAG